AUGAUCCGUUUGCGCUCCAGUGUAACCACUGGUUAGCUUGCUUCAGUGGCUAAACGGAGAAGACACCGCACAGGAGACCACGAGGAAGGUAUUUCACAUGCACACACAUGGCAGCGCAAUUCACCACAGUAUUAACACACCUAGCACACCUUACAAGCCCACACUAUCUAGCCUAAUCAGCACUCCGUCGCCCAGCGCGCCCACCAAUAGCAGCAUCGCCGCCGCCGCCGCCGCCGCCACCACCACCACCACCACAACCACCACAACCACCACCACCACCACCACCACCACCACCACCGCCGCCGCCACCACCACCACCACCCCCCAAACCGUUUCUCCAGCUCUCGAUUUAUCUUUAUCACACCUUCACCGGACAUUCACAUCAUGUAUCUGCCCUGUCGGUCACUUGCGAAUCCAUCGCACAGAAACUGGCGAACAAGUGCCUGGAGCAACAACGACAGUUCUACCGUAGUGAGCCGACGAUGUCCACCGUCUGCUCCACCACAAGGUGAGACAGCAGCAUACGCACUUCGCAUACGCCUGCACUGUCCGUACCGCCCAUGCGCACUCAUGAAAUGUUGGCCGAAAUUCUGAAAUGCGUUUUCGAUUAGGAAUGAUUAAUAUGGCGGCGUUGUAAUAUUAAUUAUCAUGUAGCAUAAUCCUAUGCAAUUUUGGACUCUUUAGGAUUUUGACUUUUGAAUGCACUUUUUUCUGACCUCCUAUAGAAACAGUACUCGGUAAAAAAUGACUGCUUUCGUAGCACGCAUUUUUCAUUUUGGUUUUCGAUGGUCGCACAAAUUAAAAUAUAUUUUAUAGAAAACAUGCAUAAAAUAUGCUUUCUUUUACAUGUUUGGUAGAAAACCACACGGUCUUUAUAUUCUAUGUCCUAAGAAAGGGUAUCUAUCGGUUUUUAAAAGUUUUUAAUUGUGUGGUUUUUAAGACCGUGUGAUGUCCACACAUACGUGUCCAUACGCACGUGUCCAUUUACCAAUAUUCCUCAUGAAAUGUACAACACAUCCCUUAUCCAUUGAAAAAUUUUAUGAACGCUUUAUAGUGUUUUUUAAAGGCAUAGAGGAAUAUAUGAUUUUCCUUAGGCGGAACGCAUACAACUUGUAGACUGAAAUCCGUAAACGUUAAUGCAAUGGCUGACUAGGCUCAAAAUUAUUCGGGGAUCGGAAAACUUUUUUAAAACCUAAAUGCACCCUUUCUUUGCGUUUAAAAUGUGAAGACAAUGUGGUCUUUUACCAAACAAGUAAAAGAAAGCAUAUUUUGUGCGACCAUCGAAAACCAAAAUGAAAAAUACAUGCUACUUAAGCAGUCAUUUUUUUACCGAGUAAGGUUUCUGUAGGAGGUCAGAAAAAAUUGCAUUAAAAAGGCCAACAUGCUUAAGAGUUCGAAAUUCCAUAGGAUUAUGCUACAUGAUAAUUAAUGUUACAACGCCGCCCUAUAAAUCAUUCCUAAUCGAAAACACAUUUCAGAAUUUCGGCCAACAUUUCAUGAGAUCGGUCCCGCGCGGUACGUACUCAUGUAAACCUGCGACACGACAUCCUCCUACACUCUCCCACCAACACAUGCCCCACCAUCACCGGCAUCUUUCAGACUAGUGGGGAGUGGGCUUCUCGGAUCAUUUUCCCUUGUGUUUCCUCUGCUGUAUAUCAGACCGAAGCGUUCUAUCCCCCUUGUGAUUGAACUACUGCUGUGUGCGCGGGGGGGGGCAGGCCGUGCAUGUGGUGCGCGCAGACGAGGUUACUAUAUAUAUCAGCCAACAGACUAUGUCAUCCACCCGCACCUGCCAACUGACGGGCUCGGACAGUGACUAGGGCCUGGGAGUGGGAAGGAAGAGUUAGGCCGACGACUCAGCGAAUUUUCAUCACUAUAAACAACCUGAAGUGUCUGAAACUACCGCAGUACGCUAAAAGCCGUGGCUUGGAAAGUUGCCAACUAAUGGGAUAACUUAGAUUUCGGAGUUGAUCCAGUGUGCGUUUGUGUGGUACAGCCGACCGGUGGUCUGUGAGUCAGGCUGCAGUGGCUACUUCUUAAUGUGGCCCCUUAUGGCACUCCCACGGAGUGAGCUUCGAUCCGAGUGUGGUGCCACGCCUAGGGACGGCCACAGCCGCGCCAGUCACCUACUCUGUCUCUUGCCUUCGGUCUUCUUAACUAUGUCUUGACACCGGCUCCAGAUGGGAGGAGAAAGAAAGAGUACGGCAGAUGCAGCGCAAUUCUACCAUUUCUAUAAAAAGAAUCACGCUCAAGUCAUCGUGUCUGAUUCACCUUGCUGAGGAGCACACCCUGAACAUCUUCGGUCGAACUGUCAUGUUGCGCCGCAAAACGGGCCACGCGGUCGAUACGCUGGAUCAACACGGGAGCCCCAUGAGAUUCUGGCAGGCGUUGUCGGAAUGCUCACCGUAACAAAUGCACACAUUUGGGGUGUGGUGGAAGCCCCAGUUGCCAGCUUACGUCACGCAAAUUGGGAUCUCUCUCGCCCCCCUUUGUUUUUGUUGGUUAAAAUCCUAGUCGUACUGGAUAAGUGGAAGGAACGACCCGAUUGGCUUAAGCCACCUUCGUGUUUUCAUGUAGCCCUCGCCAUAGGACUGUCGAUCGAGGGGAAAGGAGUAGAGUAUAGAGCAGACAGGGCAGAGAGGGAGGAGAGAGAAGUAGGGGAGGGGGGACGGGUUAGGGAAGGUGGGGGUGAGGAGAAGGGAGGAGAGCGAGGAGCAGAGUUACCGAGUGUGAGGACGCACCACCUGAUUCAGUUUGCCGAUCGAGGCGGUUACAGGGGUGUGGUCGCUAGACGGAGCCUAAUUUUGAGCAGCCACAUCUGAGCGUGGGGUGUCAAUUAAUGGAGGCUAGGCGUAGUCAACAUCUGCGAACGAGUGAGCGAUCCACUGUGACCGUCACAUGAACCCACAACUGGACACCCCUACAGCCCACACACAUAUCCAUGACAGUUCGACCGUCGUGUCCGAUGAUGUCCACCAUGUGCACCAUAGCAAGGUGGAGCAGGCACGGUGACUUGCGCGUGGAUAAGUUUAUACUCAGUGCAGACUCGCGCUGCAUCUACCCCAGUGUCUCCUGUGUCCACCACCACCGCACACAAUCCUGACAAACCAACAAGCAUCAAACCCACGCACCAACGACCCCAGCGAUGUGGAUUCGACCCAUACCUGUCCUCAUUGAGACUGCACCUUCGCCUCACACGUAGGCCUGGUCGGUAAUUUGCGAAUUCAUCGCACUGAGACUGAGGAACCAGUGUCUGGAGCACCAACCUACACUCUCCGCAUCCGACUCGACUACCCUCACUACAUCCGCACAUUCACUCACUGCAUGGGAGUAGUAGGCCACAUGCGCAUUCACGAUGACGGAAUUGACCGCAGUCUGGACACGCCUAUCACCUCUUGCACAUCCACUAUGCCUGACCCAACCCACGUUCCGUCGCCCAGCGAGUCCACCAUCAGCAGCUCCAUCUCUACCACCAGCUCCGAAAGCGAUAAGGACAUCAAAGACUUUUCCUGUCAUCAGUGUCCCCGUACAUUCGCCUCACUCACCGGCCUGGUCAGUCACUUGUGA